CGCGGCCAGUGCUCACCCGGCCUCCGCGGACGCCGCUCGCGUCGUGUACCCUGUGUAUGUGUACCGUGUACCGCGUCCCGUGUACCAGUACCGUUGUUCGUAGUGUUGUGACUGUGGGAAACGUGGAUGCUUUUCAAUGAGUUUUGGAAACGCAAGCAAACAUUCAAAACGAAUCGACUGCUAGUCCGUAACCAAACAUCUACGAUAAGCUUUAAGCAAUGAAACACUGGAACUUAAUAAACUGUCCGUAAUAAGGACUUCAAGUACACAGUGAACAGUGGAACCACACAAUCGCACACUGCAGUAAACAGUGAAACUAGUGACAGUGAACAGCGCGUAACGUGCUGCGCUCUGCAGUGAACAGUGAAACAAGUGACAGUCAGCACAUGAGGCACUGCAGUGAAAUCAGUGACAGUGGGCGCGGGGAGUGAACAGUGAGAGUGACAGUGAAACUGAGAUGACGUGACGACGCCACGAUGUACCGGCCCAACUUCUACGAAAGCACUUGUUUCCGGUGCAACGAGAUCGUAUACCAAGUGGACCGAGUUGGUCCGCUGAAGGACUUUACGUUCUUUCACAGUGGCUGCUUCAAAUGUGCAGUAUGCAGGACGAAGCUCACGUUGAAGACCUACUUCAACAACCAGCACUACACAGAGGACAAGGAAGUCUACUGCUCCUCGCACGUGCCCAAGAUCGGUCCAGGGCACCUGGACAACUCGUCGGUCGGCAUCCGCAGCGCGCUCAACGUGCCGCGCAGCAACAACUACGUCAACGAGCAGAUCCGCGGCCUCGCCCGGAACCUUGACAAUGAGCGUGAGUAUGACAAGGUCCAUCACCUGGACAACUCGUCGGUCGGCAUCCGCAGCGCGCUCAACGUGCCGCGCAGCAACAACUACGUCAACGAGCAGAUCCGCGGCCUCGCCCGGAACCUUGACAAUGAGCUAUCCCCCACACGCGCGACGAACGGCAGCAGCGUGCACGCGUCGCCCGCGCGUGAGUUGCGCGACACGCCCGACUACCAAUAUGGCCGGUUUGACGCCAGCGCGCUGCACAUCGCGCAUGCGCUCAAACAGACCGAGCUGCAGAAGGCGUACCAUCGCCCGAAAGAGAAACCCAUCGACUGCUAUUUGGAUCGAGAUGAACAGACGAAGCUGGAGAUGAAACACCGCCAGGAAGAAGAUGACUUGUACAGAAAAUUUUCUAAACACCGCGAAGAAGAGAACAGAAGAAUACGAGAUGAAAUACAGGAUGAGUGGGAACGAGAACUCGAAAGGCUCACGAACAGAUUCCAACAAGAGAUGCAAGUCAAGAAGAGACGACCAGACUCCGAGAUCGGAGCUCUGACGCUGCGGCACCAGCAGGAGAGAGCGGAUCUGGAGAAGAACAUGACGUUAAGAAGGGAUAAGAAGAAGGAGAGCUUGACUAGGAAAAUGUUGGAACAUGAAAGGGCAGCGACAGCAGCGCUAGUCGAAAAGCAAAGCCACGAGAUGAUGGAGCUCAUCCAAGAACGCCGUUCAGAAUACGCGGCGGAGUCGUCUCUAUACGUGGACGGCGAAGAGGCGCCCCCUUAUCCGGCGCGCGCGCCGGCCCCGCAGCCGCCGCUCGUCUCCAAGUUCCACAUCUACACGGACCCCAUCGAAUUCGCUGACGUCGAUAAGAUCGCUAUUUCGGUAGCGCAAGAAGACCAAAAAACCUUCACAGACCUAGUCCGGCAGCUGGUCGGCCGCUGCGCCACCGACGUGGAGAAAGCGCGCACAAUCUUCCGUUGGAUAACUGUGAAGAACCUAAACAACAUACAGUUUGACGACAACUUGAGAGGGGAUUCCCCGCUGGGUCUGCUACGGGGCAUCAAGCACGGGACUGAGAGUUACCAUGUGCUGUUUAAAAGACUGUGCAGCUACGCCGGUCUCCACUGCGUAGUGAUCAAGGGCUACAGCAAAUCCGCGGGCUACCAGCCGGGCGUCCGGUUCGAAGACAACCGGUUCCGGAAUUCCUGGAACGCGGUGUUCGUGGCGGGCGCCUGGCGGUUCGUGCAGUGCAACUGGGGCGCCAGGCAUCUCGUCAAUGCCAAGGACGCGCCGAAGCCGGGCAAUAGGGGAAAGAGUGAUAGUUUGAGAUACGAAUACGACGACCACUACUUCCUAACGGACCCGCGCGAGUUCAUUUACGAGUUCUACCCCCUCCAGUCCGACUGGCAGCUCUUGAAAACGCCCAUAACGCUCCACGACUUCGAAGAGUUGCCGUUCGUGCGCUCCUUGUUCUUCCGCUAUGGACUGUACUUUAGUGACCCCAACACUAAAGCUGUCAUGUACACAGACUCCACUGGUGCGGUGACUAUGCGCAUAGCCAUGCCGGCACACAUGCAGAGCUCGCUCAUCUUCCACUACAACCUCAAGUUCUACGACACGGAGGGCGACGGCUUCGACGGCGUCAGCCUCAAGAGAUUCGUCAUGCAGUCAGUGGUCGGAAACGUGGUGUCGUUCCGGGUGCACGCGCCGUGCUCCGGCGCCUUCCUGCUCGACAUAUUCGCGAACGCCGUCACGCCGAGAGAGUAUCUCACCGGCGAGCCUAUGAAGUUCAAGAGCGUCUGCAAAUUCAAGAUCUGCUGUGCGGAGUUGCAGACAGUGAUGGUUCCUCUACCAGACUGCGCCAGCGGCGAGUGGGGACCAACGAAAGCCACCAGGCUCUUCGGCCUGGUACCUAUCACCCACCAGGAGGCGCUAGUGUUCGCUGGCCGCGAGCUAGAACUGCAGUUCCGCAUGUCGCGGCCGCUCGCCGACUUCAUGGCGACGCUGCACAAGAACGGCGUCGACGAGAAGCGGCUCAGCAAGUACGUGCAGCAGAACGUGCAGGACGACGUCGUGUCCUUCUACAUCACGUUCCCGGAGGAAGGUCAAUACGGCUUAGACAUCUACACACGCGAACGUGGCGGCCCCACGGCGAUACAUCAGAACGGCUCCGUCGAAAAAGAGAAACACCUCCUCACGCACUGCUGCAAAUACCUCAUAAACAGCAGUAAACGCAACUAGGCAAUAUCUACUUUAAAUCUAUGGAGUAAAGUCCUGUUUCGAAAAGCACGUACAGUCCCCAUCGCCUCUAUUGUCGAGGAGUUAGAGUGCGUGUUCAGAUAUUUGUGAACACCUCGGCCGCUCCGAUAUAUCUGAAUUGCGAAUGUACUCGAAUUAGUCGUUAAUUAAUUCAAAGAAACAAGGUUGUGUUUUGGUUGUUGAUUUUAAAAUUUGGUUUAAAUACGAAUUGAGCGUGAUGCCCAUUUGUUUAAAUGACACUCGUAAGCGAAUGCAGUGCAAUUUUUGAAGGGAAUAAAGUAAUAUACUAACUUUUUUGUUUUAAAAAGUAAAACCUCGGUACAGUUGUAGUGCAUAAUUGUUUGCUUUCGUAUUUUUACGGAAACUCACGAACGUGUUAUGCUAUUUCAGUCAGGCUCAGUAGAAAAAGUACUGAGGUUGACUGAAGUAGCAUGACAAAUACGAACGUUUCCGAGAAAAUACGAUGGCAAACAAUUAUGCUCUACAUCUGUAAUAGUUGAAACACAUGCACAUGAGAUAGCAGCUGGAUGACCAGUACAAUGAGGCAGAUUUGAAAAAUUUACACUUCCAAAACAAUAUUUUUAAUAUUUUUAAAGUAAAUAUAACAUGAUGUUAACGUAAGUUACUAGAAUAAAUCUUGUAUUUGUUAAAUGCUGGUCUUUUAAAUUGUUGUAAAAUAUAUUGGACAGAAUAAUGUAAGAUUGCUGUUUAAUUGCUUAUUUGUAAGUACGCGGAAAUUAUUUAGUUGUGUGUAGCUAAUGAUAAAAUAAUAAAAAUAAAAAUAACGCGAAUGAGGAUGAGAAACGAGUAUGUAUGUUAAAUGAAAUCCAAGAUUUAUUGUCUAUUUUUAUUUACUUUUAAUCUUUUAUAAAAAGUUAAACCCAAAUGUAGAUAAUUAUAAUUAGGAAUUAUCCGUCCAUGAAAUUUAUAAAAAUAUGAUAUUAUGCUAACAUUCUAUGUCAAUUGAAUUUUAUAUGAAUUUAUACAUCAAUUUUAAGUAAUAGUGGUUGUGCUGAAGCAAUUUAAUUGCUUUAUUUUAUUUACAUUAUUUUGUAAGAAAAAUAAUAUUUUGUAUAAAUUUAAGUACAGUAUUUUAAGAUUUCGAUCUAAAGUUAUUAUUAUAGCAUCACAUAUAAUUAUCAUUCUGUAGACACGAACACCAGAUACCUUACACAUAAUUAUUUUGUUUUAAUGUAAGUUGACACCACGAUAAAAAUUAUAAAUCACACAAACGCAAUAACUGAAAUAGCAGCAUUUACACUGAACUAAAACUGUUUAAUAACACGGAAUUCAUUAAUUUAAUGGUUUAAUUUUCUAACUUGUCCGUAAAGUGACCGGGUGGCCUAAAGGUCAACGCGUUAACUGCGUAAGCUUAAGACGCCGGUUCGUUUCCGGGCUCGGCCACUGGAAGGCUUGGUCACUCUAUAUGACAUCUAUUUAAUUUUAUAUUUACUAUGCUUAUACGUAUAGUCAUAACCCACUUUAACAUUUUUACAACCGUGAUGUCAACUUACUUUAAAACGACCACCGCAUACGCUUAACUCCGAACUCUGAAUAGAUUGCUUUAUUUUAUUACUAUCAUAUUUAAUUUUAAUUUCACUAAGCACAAUGAAAUGAAGCAAUGUAUUUAUCAUUAGAGUAGAUACAACCAGUAUGAGAUAUUGUAACAUUAAAUAUUUACCUAUUUAAGAAAUGGCAAUAAUGUAAAUUUUAUAAAAUAUAUGGCAUGUUACUUCUGAA